AUGGCACCUACAGCAGUGACUCCCGUCUCUCCCCCUUCACCUACAUUGGACAGCACCUCCAAAUUGACCAAAGCUGGCACCGAAAACACCAUCGCCAAAACUGUUUCCAACACAGCACCAGCAGUCGCAGAGCUUGAUGCUUCGAAAUGCACAAUCACCCCCACCCUAAACCCCAAGAGGGUGCCGGCACCAAACUCUCCUGAAGUAUGGUCUCAGGGGUAUACAUCGGACCACAUGCUCACGGCUCGCUGGACCGAGAAGUCUGGCUGGGAAUCACCCGAAAUUCGACCAUAUGGGCCUCUCUCCAUCAUGCCCACUGCUUCCGUACUUCACUACGCCACGGAGUGUUUCGAAGGAAUGAAGGCAUACCGAGGCGAUGACGGCAAAGUCCGACUUUUCCGACCAGAUCGCAAUGCGAAGCGCUUCUUGCAGUCAGCGACGCGGAUUGCCCUGCCCGGUUUUGCACCAGAGGAGUUUCUGAAGUUGUUGAAGAGGUUUGUCGGCGUCGAGGCGUCCAAAUGGAUCUCUGAGCCAGGACACUUCAUUUACAUUCGACCCACGAUGAUCGCAACGGCUCCGGCACUAGGUGUGCAGAAACCUCGCGAGGCACUGUUGUACAUUAUGAUGGUCAUGUUUCCGGCCCUGGAUGAGCCCACCGCCGUACCAACCUCCCCUUCAUCGGGCACACAGAUGGGCCAAGAAGCCAAGGGUGCAAAGGGCAUGAGGUUGCUCGCGUCGAAUCAUGACAUGAUCCGCGCUUGGCCCGGUGGUUUCGGCAGUGCCAAAGUUGGUGCUAACUAUGGUCCGUCGUUGGUUGCGCAGGGCGAGGCCCGCGAACGAGGAUAUAACCAAAUCUUGUGGUUGUUUGGCGAAGAGUGCUAUGUCACUGAGGCUGGUGGAAGCAAUUUCUUUGUGCUCUGGAUCAAUGAGUCCGGCAAGAAAGAGCUUGUGACGGCACCAUUGGGCGAUGGCGUCAUUCUGGAGGGUGUCACGCGCGCGAGUGUGUUGGAUUUGGUGCGACGGUCAAGGCCUGAUGUCGAGGUUGUGGAGAGGAAGUUCACUAUGGAGGAGUUGAUCAAGGCGGAGAAGGAGGGCCGAUUACUUGAGGGUUUCGGCGCGGGUACGGCAUUUUUCAUUGCUCCUGUGGCGGAUAUCCAUUUCCGUGGGACGGAUGUUGUUUUCCCUCUUGGGAAGGGCGGCGAUGCAGAGUUUGCGAUGGGAAUCAAGAAAGACCUCAAGGAUGUUAUGUAUGGACGGGCGUCGCAUGAGUGGGGAGUUGUUGUGCCGGAGGAGAAGGUCUACUAG